AUGAAUUCUGACGAAAUUUUGAAGAAGCAGGGGCCGAAGUUGCAUGCUGGCGCGCUGAGCUCGCUGCCGCCCCCGUCGCUGGCUCAUGCACACAAACCGCAUCCUCUAAAACUAUCACCUCCAUCGCCCUUUGCACCAAUGCAGCCAUUCAAUUUCCAGGUAAAUUCUACAAUAUCAAUAAUAUAUCCUUUAUUUCAUAUAGAACACAUUUAAAAGAAAGCAAAACGUCGGUAUACAAAAAUAUAUCAUUUGUGAAAAUUUGAACGGUUCAUGAGAUACAGCCUGGUGACAGACAGACAGAGAGCAAAGUCUUAGUAAUAGGGUUCCCGUUUUACACUUUGGGUACGGAACUCUAUAAAAGCGGCUUAAUAUAUUGCUAUGCAGUAAUCUCUGCCAGGCUACCAUUAGUGAUACAAAAAAAAAGAUAAAUAAUAAUGAUGUAGGGGAUGUGCAAUGGCGACAGUAACAUUAAAUAGAUAUAUCUAAACAGGAAAAUAAAUAUUUAUACGAAAUAAUGAGUUGAAACUAAAAGAAAAAGAAAGCUCUUCAUUUCUGCGACGAAGGAUCUUAAAGUGUGGGCUUUUCUAAUAGUUUCUUGUAAGGAGUUCUAUCUUUUUCCGAGAAAUCAAACAAGAGUCCUAUUCCAAGAAAUUAAUUAUAUUUUUUAGUAUUCCAUUUUGUUGCAAACAAAUAGCAGCAGUCUUAGUGACUUUUUAUGAGGUGAAAGACUCUUGCUACUCAAGUACCUCAAUAAUAGAUGGUAUCAUGCCUUUAUUGACUCCCUUAACCCUUAACGUUUUGGCUUUAGCCUAAAGUCAUUUUUCUCGGAAACACUUAAACAACAUCUCACUGGAAAAAAGUAACGUUUGGUGUAAAACGUUUCUCUAUAUUGUCGUGCUGCGCGUGCUGAUUGUGAUGACAACUGUCAAAGAUAAUUGACAUCUAUAGUUCAGCAUAAGCGGUUCAAGUGAACAAGCCCCGCUGAGCACAGCAUCCUCAGCCGGUUCCAGCGGCGCUGGCGGCGCGGGCGCUGUCAGUCCCCUACCACUAGUUCCAGAACCAUUUUUGGCACCACCGCCACCAGGCCUCCUACACAUACUCAUGUCGACAGAUAAAUGUCAGGAACUUAUGUGGAGUGCAAAACAACUGCAGUUACAAGGAGACCCUACUCUACUAAGACCGCCUCCGAGCGCUUUCGGGGCACCAUUGGCGCCUACUUGGGAAUUACUGCAGGAAACGAGUGCUCGGCUACUUUUCAUGGCAGUCCGUUGGGUGAGAUGCUUGGCACCAUUUCAGGCACUUGCCCAUAACGACCAGCUAGUACUGUUACGUGCUGCGUGGAAGGACCUGUUUUUAUUGCAUCUGGCUCAAUGGUCCGCGCCUUGGGACCUGGGACCGCUUCUCGCAGCGCCCAAUGCAAGAGCACGAUUACCACCUGAUCCUCUGGCUGACCUAGAAUUAAAUACUUUACAGGAAAUUUUGUGCCGGUUUCGUCAAAUAGCACCGGAUGGCAGUGAAUGUGGCUGCAUGAAGGCUAUAGUCCUAUUUUCACCAGGUUAG